AUGCGCGGAAGGAAGUCUGCUUCCCCCUCGAAGCGAUCAGCAUCUGGUUCCAUGUCACAACGUAACGAUGUGGAUCUGAACCAGGCUGAUGACGACUUCGCCAGCAUAGGUGCACCACCAGAAUGCAACAUCUCCGACGAAAGAGCCAGAACGACCAUGGCCAACUUUCGCAGCUCUUGCCUUGCGUCAGCCAAGCAUUGCGCCGUCACUGAGCAAGCCUGGGAGCGCACUUGGGCACCAGAGAAUGGCAUCCUUCUUUUUAGCCCUCUCUACGACAUGUUCGACCAGCGGCUCUUCUCGAUCGACCCGGAAACUCUCCAGAUCCGCGUUUUCAUGCCAUACGACAUACUCCUUGCCUACCAUGGCCGCAAAGGGCAAAUGCAGCGUCUGGUGUCCAGGAUUGCACUGCGCCAUCACUAUGACAUGUGCUGUAUUGAGAAUAUGGCCGCCCGGAAACCCUUCGUGGAGCCCUGGACGGGAAGUAUUGCGUCUACAUCGGGCAUCGGUACUCCGCUGCAACUUCGAGCAGCGCGUAGCGGGAUCGCAAGCCUGGAGAUACUAGAGUCGCCCUCUAAUCAGCAGGGUCAAGAGUCCGGCGGUGACCCCUCUAAGCGAUCGCGACAGUCUGAAAGACAAGAGGGCCAGCAAACUUGGAACCAAUACAGUCUUGCAUACACAAGCACGCACACAUACACGUACACCACUAUGAGUUGGUUCGGGUUUGGCAAGGGCCAGAGCACGCAGGCCGAGAGCGGCGAGCCCAAGGCCACCCCGGCGCUGCCCGCGGCGUGGUACAGGUCGCCCGCCAUGUACGAGCUCGAGCGGCGCGCCAUCUUCUCCAAGAAGUGGCUGCUCGUCACGCACAGGCUGCGCUUCCCCGAGACCGGCAGCUACGUCAAGAUCACCGAGGCCGGGUACACCUUCUUCCUCAUCCGCGACCGCCAGGGCGAGAUCCGGGCGCAUCACAACAUCUGCAGGCACCGCGCGUACCCGAUGGUGGAGAAGGAGUCGGGCAAGGUGUCGAUUUUGGCCUGCAAGUAUCACGGUUGGUCGUAUGGCUUCGAUGGGCAUCUUGCCAAGGCGCCCAAGUACCAGGAGAUUCCCGCCUUCAAGAAGGAGGACAAUGGGCUCUAUCGGAUCCACGUGCACGUCGACUCGCUCGGCUUCGUGUACGUCAACCUGGACGCUGAGGAGAGCCCCGCCGUGUCCUGGGAGCAGGACUUUGCCACAGUGGACGAGCAGCCGCGGCUUCUCAAGUUCGACAUGACAAAGUACGCCUACGACCACAGUUGGGAGAUGAUCGGCGACUACAACUGGAAGUGCUAUCAUUGCCCGACCGGACACCCGGCGCUGCCCGCCGUGACGGACCUCUCCAAGUACUGGGUCGAGACGGCCGGCACGCACAUCCAGCACUACGCCGUCGACAAGGCCGACCCCGAAGCAAAGAGCCUCGGCAACGUCAGCACCUACUACUACCCAAAUGCGUCUUCCACAGUCACCCCCCAUUUCUUCUUCAUCCAGCGCUGCGUGCCUCUCUCCGCCACGCAGACGCACAUGGAGUACGAGGUGUACCGCCAGCUCGAGGCGACCGACGCCGAGUUCACCGAGAUUGCCGACUUCUUCAAGAACAUCAUGAUGGAGGACAAGGAGCUCUGCAACGGCGCGCAGCAGAACCUGAAUGGCGGCAUCUUCCUCAACCCCCCCCCCCUCCCCCCACGAUUGGUUUCCAGAUUUCUGUUCCAGAUUCUGAGUAGUGCGACGGCUGACGGCGGGGUCGAAACGACAGGGACCUCUGUUCUUCCAGAUGCUAACGAGGAACCUCGUCACGGACCAUUACGAGGACGAGCAGGCGGUGGGAGAGGAGAUUUGGCCGGCGGUGCCGAAGCAUCGCGUGUCAGAGACGAUGCAGAAGGAUGUAGACCUGUGCAACAAGCUGGACUGCGCCGCGAAUGGGCUCGCCAGCGCCGAGCUGGCAUGGUAAAUUGA